GUUUUUUCCCCCCUCUGCAAAUUCAUUGUGCCAGAACCUGAUCCCUUUGCAACCUCCUCCCCCUGCUGUUCCUCCUUCGUUGCAACCAGAGCAGCAGCAGAAGAAGAAGCAAAAAAAGGGGCGGGAGUGGGAGGGGAAAAGGGAGAAGAGGGGAAAAAUAUAUCUAUAUCUAUAUCUCACCCUUCCACAGUUUGCAUCCCAAGGGAGCUAUAAGCAAGCUGCUGCUUCUCCUUCAGGACCCCAUGUCUCAGUGACUUUGAUUUCCAACCCAACCUCCUGGGGUUUUUAUUCCACUGGAAGACACGAAAUUAAAAGAAAGGGCAGGGAGCAGCCAUCCCAAACCAGCUGUUUAAAUGAGUAUGGAAGAUUAUGACUUUCUCUUCAAAAUAGUUUUGAUUGGGAAUGCUGGUGUAGGGAAGACCUGCUUAGUCCGACGGUUCACUCAGGGUCUUUUUCCACCAGGACAAGGAGCCACGAUUGGGGUGGACUUUAUGAUUAAGACAGUGGAGAUAAAUGGUGAAAAAGUAAAGCUGCAGAUCUGGGACACAGCAGGACAAGAGAGAUUCCGGUCCAUUACGCAGAGUUACUAUCGCAGCGCAAAUGCAUUAAUACUGACCUAUGACAUCACCUGCGAAGAGUCGUUCCGAUGCCUCCCAGAGUGGCUGCGGGAGAUAGAGCAAUAUGCCAGCAAUAAGGUCAUAACUGUCCUCGUAGGCAAUAAGAUCGAUUUGGCAGACAAACGAGAAGUCUCCCAACAACGAGCAGAAGAGUUUUCUGAAGCCCAAGACAUGUACUAUCUGGAGACGUCGGCGAAGGAAUCUGAUAAUGUGGAAAAACUCUUUCUGGACUUAGCUUGCCGGCUGAUCAGCGAGGCGAGGCAGAACACACUUGUGAACAAUGUGGAGUCGCCAUUACCGGGCGAAGGGAAAAACAUCAGCUAUUUGACUUGCUGUAAUUUCAACUGAUAAAUGAGUCCAGCCUCCAAGGGUGAUGACUGUUUCUCCUUGCCAAGGCCUCUCCUGAGAGAGGACGUUCCUGCCGCCUUGACCCAGCCUGACUGAUGGAUGUAGUCAGCUUCCCAAUCUUGAAGCAUGGCCAGCUGGCCGCUUCGCCUGCGGGGUCAGCGUAGAAUAUAACCUGGUUUAUUUCCUUUAAAAAAAAACAUUUCCCUGUAACAUGGAAGAGGUUAGGAUUCAAGAAGGUGGGCUAGGUAUCGACGGCAAGUAGACAUCAGGUUGUUUCUUCGCAUCUUGGAAACAACUAGGAAAGCUUCUCCUGGAAAUGGCGAAUAACACAAGGUCUCUCUUGUGCAAGAUGUUUCGGUUCUUUAAAUAAGGAAAUCAAAAUGCACAUCAGCCAUUUGAUGGUUGUCCUGGGUUGCUAGCUCAGCCAAUACCUGUAUAUAGAUUACGGCCCCAAAGCAUCGGUUCUUAGGGCACGACUCAACAAAGUAUGCGUGUGUGUGUUUGUGUGAAUGUGUGUAUUCCAUUUUUUUAAAAACGAAGUGUUAAUGUCUCUCCCACGUUCAGGCACUUUCACUGAAAUGGAAGUAAAUGGAACUCCAAUACUAUGAAACCAAUGUUCUUUGAGUAUAGCAGCUGAGUGAACAAUUCCCCCAGGCUAAAUUUUAGAGACUGUCCAUUGUUGGUCAUUCUGUUCUGUACAGGAGCUAGAAAAUGCUCUCAAACAAUGUUCUGAUUGUAAGCAAGCAAACCUUUCUUCAGUUGGUACAAAGCAACUCCUAGAGUAGUUCUUUUAGACUGGAUGCAUUUUAUGGAGAUUUAAAUGUUGGCUUCUAGAAAGGCUUGAUUUUAGCUUAUUGAAGAGGAGCAUUACAAGUCCUCUUGUCAACUUGACUUGGUCAAGUAAGUGUUCCACAAAGUGUAAAAAUCAACGUUUUUUUGUACUGUUCCCUCACACAGUGGGUCUUCCCUUCCCAGUAGACCAUGCAUACAUGACCCAAUAAGUGUUCUUAAUGUCCUUGAUUAUUUCAGGACUUAAGAGAAAUAGCCCUUUCUUUGGAAUAACUGAUACCUUAAAUUUUGGACAUCAUACCCUGUUGUCUGUUUAUAGGGAUAUUAUAAUGCCAAGCCCUAUGAGAUCUGAUGACUGACAUAUACAUGUGGCCAAUGUCAGUACAGAUGGUUUGUGGAGUGUGCUGCUCCAGGCCCGCUUGCAGGCUUUUAUCUUCAUAUUCCUUGCCAAAACCUUAUAUCAGAAGGCCUUGAAGGCCUAAAACUGUGUCAUCAUCAACCAGAAGAUGAAUAUGUGUCAUGCUUUUAACUGGAACAGCAAUACAUAUAGCACUUGAUUGGCAGCCAUUUGGGGAGGGUGGGGAAGAUUUCUCAUUGUGAAGCAAGUGCACAAUUUCAUAGGGUUUUUUAUAAGCUUAGGAAUUUUUAAAAAGCAGCGCAUGUUCCAAAUUUAUUACCAAGUUUUAGCCAGGCUGCGAUCAUCUUGCAAAGCUAUGGCUCUGAGUAGUGAUUUCAAAUCACAGUGUCCAAAGGCCUUCCCUAUAACCUAGUCGCUUGCAGGCUCUUGCGAUUGUAGCUCCUCUGGUUUGUCUGCUCUCUUGGUCUUAAGUGUGUGUGUGUGUGCGGAUGUGUAAUUGUUGGCUUGGGCAACUCUGUAGAUCCGAAACCUCAACCUUGGAAGCAUUAUGGAAUGUGUCCUGCCUUCAUGUCCAUCAUGACGACACCUGUAGUGCCAUGUUCAAAGAAUGCGUCGGAUUUUUCUUUUCAGAUGAACUGACACAGGCAACUCUUUUGAUGUUGACUCAAUUACCCUAAAAGGGAGGAUGAACUGUCUGGGUCAGUAUGGACCCCUAAGAGAUUGUAAUUUUAGUAUUAAUUUUCUGGUUAUUCUGUACUUAGUAUUAAUUAGUUUGACAUUUGCGGAAGAGAGCGGACAUGGUAUGCUGGGAAAAGGAUGAAUGCUAUGCCAGAGGGCACCUGACUCAUUCCCCAGUGAAAGCAGGAAAGAACCUCUGUAAGGACACAUCUGCGUCUGCUAUUUCGAGAGGGCUUGCACUGGGGAAGUUUCUGGGGAUUGGUGUUGAUCACUCAGAGGUGGUCUCUUUUGCAUUAAAAAGCUGCUAAAGAAUUAGCCUUUUUAAGAAUAAAGCUGACAUUUUCAAAAA